GAAACAAACAAACAAACAGAGAAUCUUAUAAAGUUUGAUAAUGGUGAAGUUUUGAUAAUCGCUGUAAUUUUUCUCAUGACCAGCGUAACACUUUGUCAUAGAAGUGAAUUACACACUAGAGGCUAAAAAUACACACAAACCACAUUUAGGCUGUGUUGGAGCAGCUGUGCUAACCGGUGCUAACGCUAGAUAACAGUGACAGGUUGUUACAGAACAAUGGCCGAGGCUGUGGCAAAUGUGGCUCGAAGGAUCAAUGCGACUGUAGAAGAGGGCAGAGACAGUUUGGACCUGUCAGGGUGUCAGCUGAUUUCUUUCCCAGAGGGAGUGUUCAAAGUCCUGAGAAGUGUUUCUGAAAACAUCCGCGUGAUCACUUUGGCUGGCAAUGAGAUGAAGGCCAUAUCCAGCAAGUUUUUCACGACCUUCACUCAGCUGCGAGAACUGGACCUGCAAGGCAACAUUAUCACCAAACUGCCUGAUGCUGUUGGAGAAAUGGAGCAUUUAACUUCCAUCAACCUGGCUGAUAAUCAGUUCUCUGUCUUUCCUGAUAAACUCACUGAAAUAGCCACACUGGAGAGGAUUAACCUGGAGGGAAAUAGCAUCACUGAAAUUCCAAUGGAGAAGCUAUCGGCCAUGCCAGUGCUGAAGUGGAUAAACAUGAAAUCAAACCCUGUGAACACAGACGCCCAGUUUGGCUCCCAAAAAUUUGACAUUUUGUUUACAGCAGAGGACUAACGACCAUACAUACAUGACCUUUUCCAAAAAUUGCAUGCCGUGUGCCUUUUCAGUUACUUGUUUUUGUGCCUGGGAAAUACAAAACCCCUUUAAAUAUCCCAAUGCUGUACAAGAAA